AUGUUGUUGUUUAUGACUCAUGAGGCUCAUUACGUUUCCACUGACUUUAAAAUGUUUCCGCUGGACACUAGAUUCUCUGACAUCGAGAUUAGGUGUGGUGAUAUGGUGAUAUGCUCUGAGAUUAAACCAUAUUCCUCAGAAAGACAUGAAUGGUGCAGAAUCACUAAGAACUUGGGUCAAGGCUCUGCCACUUUACAUAACAAAAGUUCGGAUGCUAUACUUGUUGACGAGGCUCUCAUCCCCAAAGAUGGUGCUGUAGAUAUAAUGUCUGGUUCCGAAAUUGUUCCUAGCCCUGGAGGACAAGGUUACUUGCAGUACAGAUUUACGGUAAUGCCUGCUCCAGAUUCAAGAUCCCAGCUAUUUAAGAUGCUCUAUUAUUAUUAUCUCAUAAUUCAUAACUCUAGACUCUUUAAAGUUUCUUAUUCGGUCUCUUUGGUUUUUGCUUUUCAGAUCUCCAUAGAUCAUGACCACGCCAAAUGCAUUGACUACGUUUCUAAGUGGGUGGAAGCGAUUGCCAGUCCCACAAACGACGCAAGGGUGGUCACUAAGAUGUUCAAAACCAUAAUCUUUCCAAGAUUUGGGGUACCACGCGUGGUCAUCAGUGAUGGGGUAGUCAUGAUCAUCAACAAGAUCUUUGCAGGUCUAUUGAAGAAGAAGGGCGUACAACACAAGCUAGACAACGCUCUCUGGGCUUACAGAACAGCUUACAAAACACCAAUCGGGACCACUCCUUACAAUCUGGUGUACGGUAAAGCUUGUCACCUACCCGUUGAAUUGGAGUAUAAGACAGCUUGGGCUGUGAAACUACUCAACUUUGACAUCAAACCAGCAGCAGAGAGACAAUCCAUGCAGAUUCACGAACUGGAAGAAAUUAGGCAUCUCGCUUAUGAAAGGUCUAAAAUCUACAAGGAGCGAACUAAGGCUUACCAUGACAAGAGGAUCAUCAACUGCAACUUUCAACCUAAGGAUCAGGUGCUCUUGUUCAACUCAAGGCUACGAUUGUUCCCUGGAAAGCUGCGAUCUAAGUGGUCCGGACCAUUCACCAUUAAAGAGGUCCACCCCCACGGAGCUGUUGUGUUGCUGAACACGAAAGGGAAAGAAUUCGUUGUCAAUGGCCAACGCAUUAAGCCAUACCUUGCCGAGACAACAACCGCAGAGGUCUCCGAUUUUUCGGAGCAUCUGCUCCGCGAAGAUUCUCAGCGCAAGAACAACAGCCUCAUGAAGAGGAUACUGAAGGCGAUCACUGGAGGAUGCAUGGGAGCUCCAAGCACACAUGAACCUCGUCAAGACCAGACUACACCACGCAGUCAUCGUCCAGGGAAAGAGUCGGCAGGAACUGCAAGGGGUGACGAAGAGACUCCAUGA